UACAAAUAUACCCACGUCUUCCAAACCGCCACAUUCGAAUUUAAACUUGAAGCGAGGGAAGUCGUAUGUUUUCGAAGAUGCCGGGCCAAUCCGAGACAACACAUUGUGAGAACCGCACGAAGUCUGAUAAAGAUGGUUCACUGGUCCCCAUUGAGAGCACGUGGUCAAAGACAAGUGUUCUGGUCAGUGUCCGUAACAAUGAGCACGUGAGCGUUGAGGGAGACCCACCCAUCAUGGCGCUUGUACAUGGAAUUAAGGUGACAGAGAAAGUGACCUUCACCCUGGCAUGUCUGCCCGUUUCUGUGAAUGACGUCAUCAUGUCUGUGUGCUACCUUAGCCACAAGGUCAACGGGGUCACCUAUUACGUCACAGCACGUGAUGACAAGCAGGUAGUUCUCAAGGAAGGCAGCUGUGAUCCCGUUGUGAGUCUCACUGACGCGAGACUCUUCGAGAUGUUCGCUCGAGGCAAUGGCUGGUGUCAGUUUAGAAGCUUUGCUCACAAAGAUCUAUUCCUGACUCACGACGGCAGCAGCUUGUAUCUGAAGACCAUGGGUUCUACUGACACGCAACAGUUCGACUUCGACCUUUUCCAGCUGAGCAAUACAUGAACAGGCUCUCCGCGAACAACACAAGGUUAAGAGAAGACUUGGAAAGCUUUCAAAUUCCAACGUUCAGUCUUUGCAUGCCCUGCAGCUUUGAUGUAACAUCCGGACAAGCACACGCCUGAUAAAUUCUUAACCCCCAGACUAUUUGAGAUAUACUCACAUCUAAAUACUCAUUUCAUUGACAAUUCACCUUACAAUGAAUUACAAUUACAAGUCAUGCAAACAUAUACAGAUUAUCUGGACCUUACAAUGAAUUACAAUUACAAGUCAUGCAAACAUAUACAUAUUAUCUGGACCUUACAGUGAAUUACAAUUACAAUUCAUGCAAACAUAUACAAGUCAU